GGCGGUCCUGCGCUUGCGCGGCGAUGGCGGCGGGCCGCGGCGGCGCGGCGGAGGCGUGCGUGGGGCGGGUGGUGCUCCCCGGGGACGUGCUGCUCCUCCCCGCCCGCCCCGACGAGGACGGGGAGCGGCUGCGGCUGGGCGCCGGCGCGGCCCCGCGGGGCCGGCUGCUCUGCGGGCCGGGCCUGCGGCGGUGCGUGGCCGGGCUGCUGGUGACCAAGUGCGGCCUGCUGCGGCACCGCCAGGCGGGCGGCGGCGGGGCGGCGGGCGGCGCCUACUGGGUGGACUCGCAGCAGAAGCGGUAUGUUCCGGUCAAGGGCGACCACGUCAUAGGAAUAGUGACAGCCAAGGCGGGAGACGUGUUUAAGCUGGACGUCGGUGGGAGCGAGCAGGCGUCGCUGUCCUACUUGGCCUUCGAAGGCGCCACGAAGAAGAACAGGCCGAAUGUGCAGGUGGGAGAUCUUAUUUAUGGUCAGUUCCUUGUAGCAAAUAAAGACAUGGAACCAGAGAUGGUCUGUAUAGACAGCAGUGGAAGAUCAAGUGGAAUGGGAAUAAUUGGACAAGAUGGCUUCCUCUUUAAAGUUUCCUUGGGUCUAAUAAGAAAACUCUUGGCUCCCAAAUGUGAAAUAAUUCAGGAGUUGUCACAAUUGUACCCGUUUGAGCUGGUGCUGGGAAUGAAUGGAAGAAUAUGGGUAAAAGCAAAAACAGUUCAACAGACUUUAAUUAUAGUAAAUAUUUUGGAAGCCUGUGAGUAUAUGACUGCAGAACAGAGAAAACAAGCUCUUGCCAAAUUGUCAGGGAAUUGAUAAGAGAAAAUGUUGAGGAUUUGCUUGAGAUGACUGUAGGGUGUUUUGGUUAUUUUUGUAUUCAGAUUCAUAUUAAAAGCCAUUUUUAAAUGAA